AUGGCCAAUGCAAAGCGAGGAGGAUAUCGACAAAUCAACCAAGCCCUCAACAUAUGUGCCUGGGAGGGGUAUUUGGACGAGCAGCAAGCUCGGCUGCCCACGCUUGAGGAUGUCGAGCAAAUCAGCCCCCGCGUGUUGCGUGUUCUGGGCCAGAAUGAAGGCAAGUUCACGCUCCAAGGGACCAACACCUAUAUCGUGGGCACCGGCCGCCAACGUCUGAUUAUCGAUACGGGACAGGGGAUCCCUGAAUGGGCCAGCCUGAUCUCGUCUACCUUGGCCGACUCCUCGAUCGAGCUGUCUUAUGUCCUGCUGACCCACUGGCAUGGCGAUCACACGGGGGGCGUUCCGGAUCUUCUCCGAUUGUACCCUUACCUGUCCGAUUCUAUCUACAAGCACACCCCUGGGAAAGGCCAGAAGUUGAUUUCAGACGGGCAGGUCUUCCGGGUGGAAGGGGCUACUGUCCGUGCCGUACACUCCCCAGGCCACUCGCACGACCAUAUGUGUUUCAUCCUCGAGGAGGAAAACGCCAUGUUCACGGGGGACAACAUCCUGGGCCAUGGGAGCAGCGCGGUCGAGGUGCUUAGCACCUGGAUGUCCUCACUACGGAUGAUGCAAUCGCUUCGCUGUGUGGUGGGCUAUCCAGCUCACGGCGCAGUGAUCCACGACCUGCCGGCCAAGCUGGACGCGGAGCUAACGCAGAAGGCCCGUCGGGAAGACCGCGUCGUAGAGACGUUGAAGCGGAUGAAACGCGAGGACCAACGCAAUGGAGCCCCGGGAAAAGGCAGUGUCACUGUCCAGCAGCUGGUGACAGCGAUGCAUGGAAAUGACCUGGAUGAGCAGGUGCGAGCAAUGGCAUUGGAACCGUUUGUCCACGAGGUUCUGCGGAAGCUGGCACAGGAUGAGAGGGUGGCUUUUGAGGUCAGAGGAGGCCAGAAAAAGUGGCUCGGUGGUUUCUCUCGGGUUAUUUUCCCUCAGUUCGGACGGGACUCGGGUCUGCGUCAUGUUCAGCAGUGUCACCCCGAGUCCGCCCGAAGAGGAAUGCUUGUCUUACAAAGUACGCCGUCCCCUCUGAAUAAGUACCUUGACACGCCGUAUUGGAAUAAUUGUCCCUUGGUCAACCCGCGUAAACGAAUAAAGGUCAACAAGAUGGAACGGCAACCAAAGUCUGUCUGUGACGCGGCGCAACUUCUUCAGACAGCCAGCAUUAUCUCCAGCACCGUCCAGACCAUAAUUGCGGAAUGGUCUGCAGAGGCGAAGGCAUCAAAAGGCUCUCGCAAGCAGAAUGUCCCCACCCUACCUAGCCGGGAACUAUUCGAUGCUCAGCGGACCAUCCUGGCAGCGGUUGGCAAGCUGGCCGAGUUGGUGUCUGACCCAAGCGCUAGGAUCCUCGAGGUAGCAACGCAGUUUCAGGAAUCUCGGUGUUUGUAUAUCGCUGCUGAGCGGCGCAUUCCUGAUCUCCUCGCAGCGGGCGAUGAGGACGGCGUGCAUGUCGAUCUGAUCAGCCAGAAGGCCAGAAUUGAACCUCGCAAGCUGGCUCGCAUUUUGCGAUACCUGUGUUCGAUUGGUAUUUUCCAGCAAACCGGUCCGAAUACGUUCGCGAACAAUGGUAUUUCCGCAGCAUUGGUCUCGAAUGAGCCCUUACGGGCCUAUGUUCAGCUCGUGAAUAGUGAGGGCUUCACGGCCUCCGAUCGUCUGCCACACACCCUCCUGGAUCCAGACACUGGUCCCUCUUACGAUGUGGCAAAGACGGCUUGGCAGAAUGCCGUCUGCACCAAAAAGACCCGAUGGGAGUGGAUCGAGGAGCGUGUGGCCCCAGAGAAAUUGCUCGAAUCCGGGGGCCAUUAUCCUGGCAUUCCGAGUCUGGUUCUGGGGCUCCCACCAAGGGAGGAUGAUGGACUGGUCGCGAGACCAGAGCUAGACAUUAUGGGUCUGUCCAUGGUUGGCGGUGGGCGAGUUUUUGGGACAGCCCAUGUUUACGAUUUCCCAUGGGCCUCCUUGGGCGAUGCACUGGUUGUUGAUGUCGGGGGAGGCGUCGGCGGCUUCCCCCUGCAACUGAGCAAGGUCUACCCCAAGCUGCAGUUCAUUGUGCAAGACCGUGGCCCGGUCGUCAAGCAAGGGCUGGAGAAAGUCUGGCCCCGGGAGAACCUUGAGGCAUUGCAGAACCGACGAGUGCAGUUUGUCGAGCAUAGCAUCUUCAAUAAAAACCCGACUGAGGGCGCUGAUAUUUACUUUUUGCGAUAUGUCCUUCAUGACUGGUCAGACGACUAUUGCGUGCGCAUCCUGUCCGCCAUUCGUUCCAGCAUGGCGGCGCACUCUCGCCUAUUGAUAUGUGAUCAGGUCAUGAACACGACCAUCGGCGACCCUGACUUGGAGUCAGCCCCGAGCCCGCUGCCGGCCAACUACGGCUACCACACGCGGUUCAGCCACAGCCGAGAUAUCACCAUGAUGUCGUGUAUCAACGGAAUUGAGCGGACGCCAGCCGAAUUCAAGGCCCUUCUUCAGGCGGCAGGGUUGAAGUUGAAGAAGAUCUGGCACUGCAGGAGCCAGGUGUCUUUGAUUGAAGCGGUCUUGCCCGAAGUAAAUGGCUUUAAAUAG